AUUAUUAUUGAAUGAAGAGUGAAGCUGCAACAAAAUCGCAAAUCGCAAACCUGAAGAAAGAGAAUGAAGCAAGAAACGGCAACACGAGAAUCGCAAAUCGCAAGCAGGAAGAGAAGUAAGUAAAAAAGAUUAGAUUCAGAUUCCUUCUUCUUCUAUUCUCAUGGCAACACUUGGAGGAAUUUCUUCAAGCUUGCUCUCUCACUCAAAACCCUGCACUUCUGUUUUUCGACAUCUCUUCCUUCGUAGAAUCACUUCCAAGAUUUUUGUUAAAGGUUUAGCCUUUUCUACUACAGAGGAGAAAUUAGCUGAAGCUUUUUCUCAAUACGGAAAUGUUGUCAAAGCUGAUAUAGUAUUGAAUAAAGCCAAGAAAAGAUGCAAAGGUUUUGGAUAUGUGACUUUUGCUGAGGAGGAAGAAGCCCGCAAGGCACAAAUUGGCAUGAAUGGAAAGAUAUUACACGGACGUGUCUUAUAUGUAGACAUGGAUCCACCUAACGAGCAAAAAAAUAAAAUAAAGCAGGCAACUAAAAAUACAGAGGUUGAUAACGAAGAUGUGCAUAUGGAAUGAAGUAAAGAGGCAGACCUACAAGGUAAGACGACGCCGAACCUAAGGAGGGAAGGAGCCAUUUCUCAUCUGAGCGCUGCUGGUUGAUAAUGUUAUUGUACAAGUUUCAUAUUUUGAUCAACCAAUGAAUACAUGUACGAUGCACAGUCACAUCAAUCAAUGAGGAGUGCUUUUGCACAAACAGUCUAGUUAUUAUCUAUCUCAAUCAUAUUUUUGGAUUUCAGAUUCAUUUUCCCAAUCCAAUGUAUACGAGUCUGUCCAGGAUGGGGUAUUCAAGAUUAAUUUUGAGAACUUGAUUUUUAGAA